GGUUCCUUCAAGUAGCAGUACACUCUUCGACGUACACAAGCCCACACCGAUGCCGCCCAACAUGUCAACACGCCAGCGACUUCUACUCUACCAACUACUGGUCUCUCUCAUAGCCACAGGAUACUUCGUUGGCUCUCCACCUCGGCCCGUUGAAGAAUACUUAGGUUCUCUCUCUGUCCUCGGCAACUUGGUGCUGUACUUCUCCGUCCUCGGUCUGUAUGCCUCCUCGGUCUUCGCAGUCAUUCACUGGUGCAUCUUGCCUUGUGUCAUACUCUGUGUCUCUCGGCUCUUCGGAAGACCGGUCAAUUCCAGGAACUGCCAUCAGCAUGUGCAGUACCUGCAGUCCGCGAUCCGCGGCUAUCUUCACAAGCAAUGUCGGGAACAGCUGGCUUCGACUUCGCUGGAUUGGGAGCUCCGCUUCCAGCGCCUCCAGCACGCGAAUGCGGCCCUCCAGCAGACAAUCGAAGCCCUCGAAGCCAGCACCGACGCCGCCCGCGCCGACAACGCCGCCCUUCGGACGAACGGCGCGAAGCUGCUUUCCGUUAUGCAAGCCUGGCGCGUGGCAGGCAGGCGCCGCGUGAAGAAGCAGACUAAGAAGCUCGUCGACUCGCGCAUUGGACACAAGAGCACCCUUUCGGACCUACGGAAGGAACGGCGCACGCAUGCGACGACGAAGGACACGGCUACCGACUGGGAGACUCGCGCUCGCGAGCACGAAGCGAAGGUGCUCGAGCUCCAGUCCGCGCUGAAGGAGUGCGAGAUCCGCGCCCGGAAGCACGAGCUCCUCGCCAACGACUGGAGGUCGCGUACAUCCGAUGGGAAGGCUGCGAUCAAGGAGCUCGAGUCUCACAAGCGCAACUUGGAGGUGAAGGCCGCCGACUUCGAGACCAAGGCUACGGAUUGGGAGACACAGGCUACGGAGUGGCGGACAGAGGCUACCGACCUGCGGGCCGAGGCCGAGGCAUGGCAGAAGUAUACCUACGAUCUGGACGCCACCGCUAAAGCUUGGAAAGUCAGUUCGAAGGAGUUCGAGGCCAAGGCGCACAAGCAUGAGACCAAAAUCCACGAGCUGCGGACGCUUAACGAAAAGCUCAAGGAGAAAGUCGUCAAAUGGAAGGAUAAUGCGACUACGCUGGAGACCGAGGCCGGUGAAUGGAAGGUCCGCGCUCACAACGAGGAAGGCAGGGCCAACGAUCUCAAGACACACGCUUCCGAGCUCGAGACGCAGAUCGACGAGUGGAAAACACUUGCCAUGGAGUACGAGUGUCUGGCCAGCAACUGGGAAGCUCACGCUCGCGACGAGGAAGUUAGGGGCAAUGGCCUCGAGACGCACGCUUCCGAGCUCAAGGGUCAAAUCGACGAGUGGAAAGCCGUUGCCGCGAAGCACGAAACUCACGCCAAUAACUGGGAAUCCCACGCUCACGACGAGCAAGCCAGGGCUAGCAACCUCGAGACGCGCGCUUCCGAGCUCAACGGACAAAUUGACACAUUGCAGGCCCUUGCCACGGAGCAUGAGACCAAGGCUUGCGAAUGGGAAUCCCGCGCUCACGACGAGGAAGCUAGGGCUAAUAGCCUCCAGUCACACGCUUCUGAGCUCACGGUGCAGAUCCACAAGCUGGAGACCCUUGUUAUGGAGCAUGAGGCUAGCACCAAUGACUGGAAGGCCCGCGCCCACGACGAGGAAUCUAGGGCCAACGGUCUCGAGACACACGCUUCCGAGCUCGAAGGGCAGAUCGACGCGUGGCAAGCCCUUUCCAAGGAGCACGAGACCAAGGCGAGUGACUGGGAAGCUCGCGCUCAUGACGAGGAGGCCAGAGCCAACGGCCUCGAGACUCGCGCCUCCGAGCUCAAUGUUCAAAUCGAAGAGUGGAAAGCCGUUGCCGCGAAGCACGAAACUCGCGCCAGUAACUGGGAAUCCCGCGCUCAUGACGAUCAAGCCAGGGUCAACGACCUCGAGACACGCACUUCCGAGCUUGACGGUCAAAUCGACACAUUGCAAGCCCUUGCCGCGGAGCACGAGACCAAGGCGUUCAACUGGGAAACUCGCGCUCGCGACGAGGAAGUCAGGGCCAAUGGCCUCAACACACGCGUUUCCGCGCUCAAGGUGCAGAUCGACAAUCUAAAGACCCUUAUUACGGAGCACGAGACCAACGCCAAUGACUGGAAGGUCCGCGCCCACGACGAGGAAUCUAGGGCCAACGGUCUCAAGACACGCGCUUUCGAGCUCGAGGGGCAGAUAGUCGGGUUGCGAGCCCUUUUGAAGGAGCACGAGACCAAGGCCAACGAAUGGGAAGCUCGCGUCCACGGCGAGGAAGCCAGAGCGAACAGCCUUGAGGCACACACUUCCGAGCUCAACGGCCAAAUCGACGAAUGGAAGUCCCUUGCCGCGAAGCACGAGGCCGAAGCCAAUGGCUGGGAAGCCCGCGCUCACGAUGAGAAAACCAAGGCUACCGACCUCGAGACACGUGCUUCAGAGCUCGAAGGGCAAAUCGACGAGUGGAAGGCCCUUACGACCGAGUACGAGACCAAGGCGGGCUAUCUGCAGACCCGGGCUACCGAGCUUGAGGCGGCAGCUGCUGACUGGAAGGUGCGCGCCCACGAGCACGAGAACACUGCCAACGAGUUGGCGUCCCGUAUCGCCGAGCAGGAAGCACAGGUCCACGACCUCCAGGCACGCACUAUCGAGCUUCAGGCCACCAUUGACGGCUGCAACACCCGUGCGGCUGAGCAAGAGGCCAGGGUGACCAUCUUGGAGGCUCGUGAGCGCGAGUUCAAGACGGCGAUCUGCGACCGGGAUUCUCGCGCUCAGGAGCUGGAGACGACAAUGCGCGACCGGGACUCUCGCGUUCAACAGCUUGAGGCGACAAUAUGCGACCAGAAGUCACGCAUUCGAGUACUUAAGGCCGAGGUCAGAACUUGGGAGUCGCGCGCAGAGGAUCAUUUGUUCAAAUACGAGAUCACGGAGGCUCACGCUCGCGAUGAGCAAGCUAGAGCUGACAUUGAGGAGGCCCGCGCACUCGAGCUCGAGACCAAGGCAAACAACUUGGCGGCCGUGAUUCUUCGAUUGGAGGCGCAAGUCAGCAUCAGCGAGGCGAAGGCCCACACCUGCGAGGUCCGUGCGCAGGAAGCAGAGAACAAGGCUGACGACUGGAAGACUCGCGCCUUCGACGAGGCGACUAAAGCAAAGGACUCGGAAGAUCGCAUCCACAAGCUCGAGGGCAAGAUCGAUGACUGCGAGACGGAGCGCAACCAGGUCAAGUCUCAACUGACUGCAGUCCAGCAACGUUCUCAGAAGACCGAGGCCGAGCUUGCCCGCAUCCGCACCACGCUCGACGCACAGAAGAAGACGAACACCUCGCUUGAAACCCUGAACGUCACCCUUAAGACGGAGCGCGACGACUUCAGAAUUCAGUUGGCUGCAAAGGAGGCGCGCGUGCAGGAUGUCGAGGCUCAGCUGUCACGCGCUGAAGGCGAAAUCGACGCUCAGAAAAUCGCCUACGAGCUAGUCAAGGAGAACGUCACUACCAGGAACGACCACGAUGUUCCGCAGGUCGAGAUUCCCGAAGCAGACCGUCAGCAUGGCCGCGAUGACGAACACCAGCCGGUCAAGGAACGCGCUCAAACAGCAGAGGCUCAGCUCGCUCUGGUCAAGGAAAAGCUCGAGAACUCCGAGAUGCUGUCUAUUCGACUCAGUGAACGCGUGGCUUCGAUCGAAAUGGACCGUGCCCUGCUCCUGCAUCGGCUAGACGAGAUGAAGGGCAACAAUUGCGGAGGCAACCCGAAUGGCGAGAAACCGGUACCCAACGACAACAUGAUUCAGCCCGACAAGGAGGCCCAACAUCCUUCUGUUACCUUGGACGAUUCCUCUGCCAUGCGGGACCUCGUGGUUUUUCUGGCGUACGCCCGGAAACAGCACAAGAUUGCACAGAACGCCCAGCAGGUUGAUCACGCGAAAACUCAUGAAAUCCACCUUGCGGCCCACACAGUUCUCGACGCUGCCAACAAGAAGGUCGCCUCUGUGCUCAAGGAGAUGCAUCGACAGCACCAUCAAUACGAACUCGAUCGGUACAAGCAGCAACUGGAUAUCGACGCCAAGGACCGCGAACUCAAGGACAACUGGGAGCGUAUUCAGGCGCUGGAAACGGCGCUCUGGAAGAUGUCUGCACAUAUCGCCCCGGAUGAUGAUGACGCAGAAGCGAAUUCGUCUAUGGAUGCGGAGACCGGCCUCUCUACGGAGGGGCUGGCCGCAUUGGCUUGA